AUGAUGCAAGUGGUGGAGGAAGAUGAGGUAUUAGGAGGUCUUGGUGUGCUGGAAGUUCAAGGCAACCUUGUGGGCACCACAGAAAUGGGACUGGAACCAUGUGAGCACCACAGAAACGGGACUGGAAAGCGGACUCUGGCAGCAGGUGACUUCUGCCUACCUGAGAUACCUCGUGCUGGGUAUCGUCCAGUGGUCUGCUUGCAGAUCCGGGAGCAAGCCCGGGAUAUCAAUGACAACCCACCAGUAUUCCCCACAGAUAUGCUUGAUCUGACCGUAGAAGAGAAUAUAGGAGAUGGAUCUAAAAUACUGCAGCUGACAGCCAUGGAUGCUGAUGAGGGAGCCAAUGCCCUCGUCACAUACACUAUUAUCAGCGGUGCGGAUGAUAGCUUCCACAUUGACCCCGAGUCAGGAGACCUGAUAGCCACAAAGCGCCUGGACCGGGAGCGCCGCUCCAAGUACUCCUUGCUGGUUCGUGCCGAUGACGGCCUGCAGUCCUCAGACAUGAGAAUAAACAUCACGGUUAGCGAUGUUAAUGACCAUAUCCCCAAAUUCUCCAAGCCGGUCUAUUCUUUCGACAUCCCGGAAGAUGCCACUCCAGGUUCCUUAGUGGCAGCCAUUCUGGCCACUGACGACGACUCCGGCGUCAACGGGGAAAUCACCUACACCGUAAGUGAAGAUGACGAAGAAGGUAUCUUCUUCCUGAACCCCGUUACCGGAGUCUUCAACCUGACUCGCGCGCUGGACUACGAAGCACAGCAGUAUUACAUUCUUACCGUUCGUGCGGAAGAUGGGGGAGGCCAAUUUACUACCAUCAGAGUGUACUUCAAUAUAUUGGACAUCAACGAUAACCCGCCAGUGUUCAGCAUGACCUCAUACAGCACGUCUUUGAUGGAGAACCUCUCUCCAGGAUCCGCUAUUCUCAACUUCAGCGUCACCGAUGCAGAUGAUGGCUCCAACUCGCAGCUGUCCUUCAGCAUCGCGUCCGGGGACAGCGCGGGGCAGUUCGGCAUCGACAACAGCGGGGUGCUGAGCAUCAGGCAGCCUUUGGACCGGGAAAGCCAAUCUUUCUACAGCCUCGUCGUGCAAGUCCAUGACAUGGCCCCUCUCCCGGCCUCCAGGUACACCAGCACAGCCCAAGUUUCAAUCAUUCUGCUGGAUGUGAACGACAGCCCUCCAAGCUUUAUCUCCCCGAAGCUGACCUACGUGCCGGAAAACACGCCAAUCGACACGGUUGUGUUCAAAGCACAGGCGACCGAUCCCGACAGCGGUCCGAACAGCUACAUCGAAUACAGUCUGCUCCGGCCUCUGGGAAACAAAUUCAGCAUCGGCACUAUUGAUGGUGAAGUGAGGCUUACUGGGGAGCUUGACAGAGAAGCUGUGUCCAACUACACCUUGACUGUGGUAGCCACAGACAAGGGCCAGCCAUCCCUUUCUUCAUCUACAGAUGUGGUGGUUAUAGUCCUGGACAUUAAUGACAAUAACCCACUUUUUGCCCAAAAGCUUUAUAAAGUAGAGGUGGGCGAAAACACUUUGACGGGGACGGAUUUAAUUCAGGUGCUUGCUACGGAUGGAGAUGAAGGUACAAAUGGGCAGGUCCGCUAUGCUAUCGUGAGCGGAGAUGCCAAUAAUGAGUUCCGUAUCGACUCUGUGACAGGGGUGAUAACAGUUGCCAAGCCUUUGGACAGAGAGAAAAAGCCCUCCUAUACAUUGACUGUUCAGUCAGCCGACCGCGGGAGCAGCCCAAGGACCGAUACCACAACAGUCAAUAUUAUUCUGAAGGAUGUCAAUGAUUAUAUUCCCACAUUUGAACUUUCUCCCUACUCUGUGAACGUCCCUGAGAAUUUAGAGACGCUUCCGAAAGUUAUUCUUCAGGUCGUAGCAAGGGACGAUGAUCAAGGCCUAAACAGCAAGCUUACUUACGUUCUGGUGGCUGGGAAUGAAGAAGGAGCCUUUACUCUCUCGGCCAGUGGAGAGCUGCGCUUGGUGCAGAGCCUGGACCGGGAGGCAAAGGAGCAGUACGUGCUACUGAUCACAGCUGCGGAUGCAGGGUCUCCUGCCCUCACUGGCACUGGAACCAUUGCUGUCACGGUGGAUGAUGUCAAUGACAAUGUCCCCACUUUUGCCUUUAACGUGUAUUCUGCCACUGUUCCGGAGGAUGCACCUACGGGGACAGAUAUUUUGCUCGUAAACUCCUCAGAUGCUGACGCUUCCACAAACGCUGUCAUUAGGCUUACUGGUGGCAAUUCACAAUUCACAAUCAAUCCAUCAACAGGACAAAUCAUCACCAGUGCUCUCCUCGAUCGAGAGGCGAGGGAGAACUACACUUUGGUGGUGGUGGCGAGCGAUGGGGGCUUCCCCAGGGCCCUCUCCAGUUCCACCAGCGUGCUCGUCUCUGUGGCCGACGUGAAUGACAACCCGCCCAAAUUUCAACACCAUCCCUACGUCACCCAUGUCCCAUCACCCACCACUUCAGGCUCAUUCGUAUUUGCUGUGACCGUCACGGAUGCAGAUGCUGGCUCCAAUGCCGAGCUCCAUUAUUCCCUUGUGGGGAAAAACUCUGAGAAAUUCCACAUCGACCCAGUAAGGGGGGCGAUCCUGGCUGCGAACCCACUGGCAGGAGAGUCCGAAGUCACUAUUUCUGUUCACGUGAGGGACGGCGGCCGGUACCCCAAGACAGACUCUACAACCGUCACUGUGAGGUUUGUGAACAGAGCAGAAUUUCCUCACGUUCAGGCGGAUCAGGAGACCUUCACAUUUCCUGAAAACCAAGCGGUCGGUACGCUUGUCACCACCGUCUCCGGGUCUUCAGCCAGAGGAGGCUCCUUGUCUUACUACAUCGCCAGUGGUAACCUGGGCAGCACCUUCCUGGUCGACCAGGUGACAGGACAGCUUUCUGUUGCACGGGCUUUAGAUUUUGAAGUCAUACAGAAAUACGUGGUGUGGAUUGAGGCCAGAGAUACAGGCUUUCCUCCCUUUUCCUCAUAUAAGAAACUGGAAGUAACAGUGAUAGACGUCAAUGAUAAUGCGCCGGAGUUUGGGCAAGACCCCUUCAUUGCAGAAAUAGUGGAGAACCUGUCCCCGCGGAAGAUACUGACGGUGGCUGCGGUGGACAGGGACAGUGGUCUCAACGGACAGCUAAAUUAUGAAAUAAUUGAGGGCAAUGUGGAAAAUAGUUUCAGUAUCAAUCGAGCCACUGGUGAGAUCAGAAGCGUCAGGCCCUUGGACAGGGAGAAAUUGUCUCAAUACACACUAACAAUAAAAGCUUCAGAUAAAGGCACCCCGCUCCAGAGCAUGACCGUCAAAGUUAUCAUUAAUAUUUUAGAUGAAAAUGACAAUGCUCCAAGGUUUUCCCAGAUAUUCAGUGCUUCUGUGCCUGAAAACGCACCUCUGGGUUUCACGGUAACCCGAGUCACGACGUCAGAUGAAGACAUAGGGGUGAACGCGGUCAGCAGAUACUCCAUAAGGGAUACGAGUCUCCCAUUUGCCAUAAAUCCCAGCACCGGGGACAUCACCAUCAGCAGACCGCUGAACAGGGAGGACACAGACCGCUACAGAAUCAGGGUCUCUGCGCAUGACUCUGGGUGGACGGUGAGCACGGAUGUCACCAUAUUUGUCAUGGAUGUCAACGACAACGCCCCACGAUUUACGAAGCCAUCCUAUUACCUGGAGUGUCCUGAGCUUCCCGGGAUUGGGUUGAAGGUUACCCAGGUUUCAGCCACUGAUCCUGAUGAAGGAUCGAAUGGCCAAGUCUUCUACUUCAUAAAAUCCCAGUCCGAGUUCUUCCGAAUUAAUGCAACCACAGGGGAAAUUUUCAACAAGCAGUAUUUAAGGUACCAAAACUCCAGCGGUUCAAGCAAUGUCAACAUUAAUAGGCACAGCUUCAUCGUUACUUCUUCAGAUCGAGGCAGCCCUCCGCUAAUGAGCGAGACAACCGUCACCAUUAACAUAGUAGACAGCAACGACAACGCACCACUGUUCCUCGCUCGUAAAUAUUUCACUCCCGUUACUAAGAACGUGAGGGUUGGCACAAACUUAAUUAAAAUCACUGCAGUGGAUGACAAAGACUUUGGCUUGAAUUCUGAAGUGGAGUACUUUAUCUCUGAUGAAAGCAAAACUAAUAAGUUCAGACUGGACAGGAGUACUGGCUGGAUUUCUGUGGCAUCUUCACUAAUGGCCGAUUUGAACAAAAACUUCCUGUUUGAAGUGAAAGCAAAGGAUAAAGGUAAUCCUCCGCUCUCAUCCGAGGUGGCUGUUGAAAUUGUAGUGACAGAGGAAAAUUACCAUACACCUGAGUUUUCUCAAAGCCGUAUGAGCGUUACUAUCCCAGAGAGUCACUCUGUUGGAACGGUGGUUAGGACAGUUUCAGCCCGAGACAGAGAUGCCGCGAUGAACGGAUUGAUCAAAUACAAUAUUUCCUCUGGAAACGAGGCUGGUGUCUUUGCCAUUAAUACAACUACUGGUACACUGACACUAGCAAAACCACUUGAUUUUGAGUUACGCCAAAAGCAUGAGCUAGUUGUGACUGCCACGGAUGGAGGAUGGGUGGCCAGAACGGGUUACUGCAGUGUCACCGUUAACGUCGUUGAUGUGAAUGAUAAUUCUCCAGCAUUCAGCCCCGAGGACUACUUUCCUAACGUGUUAGAAAAUGCACCCAGUGGGACAACUGUUAUUCGCUUAAAUGCCACCGAUGCUGACUCUGGACCCAAUGCUGUGAUUGCAUAUGCUAUUCAGUCUUCAGAUAGUGACCUCUUCGUCAUUGACCCCAAUACAGGAACGAUCACCACCCAGGGAUUUUUAGAUUAUGAAACGAAACAAAGUUACCAUUUAACGGUAAAGGCUUUUAAUGUUCCAGAUGAAGAGAGGUGCAGCUUUGCUAGUGUCAACAUCCAGUUAGAAGGGACAAAUGAAUAUGUGCCCCGUUUUGUGUCCAAGCUUUAUUAUUUUGAGGUUUCUGAGGCAGCUUCCAAAGGUACUGUUGUAGGUGAAGUUUUUGCAAGUGAUCGUGACAUGGGAACUGAUGGAGAAGUCCACUACCUCAUCUUCGGCAACAGCAGAAAGAAAGGCUUCCAGAUAGAUGAGAAGAGUGGCCAGAUCUACGUUUCAGGACCUCUCGACAGAGAAAAAGAAGAACGCAUCUCUUUGAAAGUCCUUGCAAAAAAUUUUGGGAGCAUUCGUGGUGCAGAUAUAGAUGAAGUGACUGUUAAUAUCACUAUACUGGAUGCCAACGAUCCUCCCGUUUUUACCUUAGGAACCUACAAUAUACAAAUCAGCGAGGGUGUUCCUCCAGGCACCCAUGUCACGUUCGUGAGUGCCUUUGAUUCAGAUUCUCUCCCUAGCUGGAGCAGGUUUUCCUAUUUCAUUGGGUCUGGCAACAACAACAGCGCCUUUUCCAUCAACCCGCAGACAGGACAGGUGACAGUGACUGCAGAGCUGGAUCGAGAAACAUUGCCUGUGUACAACCUGUCUGUGCUGGCCAUCGAUUCAGGAACGCCGUCGGCUACAGGAAGUGCGUCUUUAUUGGUAACUUUGGAAGAUAUCAACGACAAUGGCCCUACCUUGUCCACCAGCCAAGGAGAAGUCAUGGAGAAUAACCGUGCAGGCACUCUUGUGAUGACGCUUCAAUCGUCAGAUCCUGAUCUCCCUCCAAACCAAGGUCCCUUUACAUAUUACUUGCUCAGCACUGGCCCCGCAACCAGCUACUUCAGCCUUAGCACCGCUGGCGUGCUGACGACAACGAGAGAGAUCGACAGGGAGCAAAUCAGCGAUUUCUACCUGUCCGUGAUUACGAGAGACUCUGGCGUUCCUCAGAUGUCUUCCACGGGAACUGUGCAGAUCAAGGUAAUAGACCAAAACGACAACCCGUCUCAGCCCAGAACGGUAGAAAUCUUUGUUCACUAUUAUGGCAACCUCUUCCCAGGUGGAAUUUUGGGCAACGUAAAGCCACAGGAUCCAGACGUGCUAGACAGCUUCCAGUGCUCCCUAACAUCAGGAGUCACCAGCCUCUUCAGCAUUCCCAGGGGUACCUGCGAGCUGCAUUCACAGGCAAGGUCCACGGAUGGCACGUUUGACCUGGCUGUCCUCAGCAACGAUGGGUUGCAUGGUGCCGUCACAAGCAGCGUCAGGAUUUUCUUUGCAGGCUUUGGCAACGCCACCAUUGACAACAGCAUCCUCCUCCGCCUGAGCACCCACAGCGUGCGGGAUUUCCUGACAAAUCACUAUCUCCAUUUCUUACGCAUCGCAAGCUCCCAGCUGACGGGGCUGGGCACUGCCGUCCAGCUCUACGGGCUGUAUGAGGAGAGCAACCACACCUUCCUGAUGGCAGCCGUCAAACGCGGCAACAACCAGUAUGUGAAUCCCAGCGGCGUGGCCACCUUCUUCGAGAGCAUCAAAGAUGUCCUCUUCCGCCAGAGUGGGGUGCGGAUCGAGGCUGUGGACCACGACUGGUGCCUCCAGAGCCCCUGCCAGAAUGGAGGGAGCUGCUUGAGGAGAUUGGCAGUGAGCCCAGCUUUGAAGAGCCAUGAGAGCAUCCCUGUCAUCAUUGUGGCCAAUGAGCCUCUCCGGCCCUUCGUGUGCAGGUGCAUGCCGGGGUACGAUGGGAGUCUGUGUGAAACGGACAUCGACGAAUGCCUCCCUUCCCCCUGCCACAACGAUGGGACUUGCCACAACUUGGUGGGUGGCUUCUCAUGCAGUUGCCCGGAGGGCUUCACUGGCAUGGCCUGCGAGAGGGAUGUCAACGAGUGCCUUUCCAACCCGUGCAAAAACGGUGCUGCCUGCCAGAACUUCCCUGGAAGCUUCAACUGCGUUUGUAAAACUGGGUAUACAGGUGUUUUUGGGAACCAUUGUGAACUGAACAGUUAUGGAUUUGAAGAGUUGUCGUAUAUGGAGUUUCCCAGUAUGGAUCCAAACAAUAAUUACAUCUAUAUAAAGUUUGCCACUAUAAAAAGUAAUGCCUUAAUGUUGUAUAACUAUGAUAACCAAACCGGAGAGCGGGCAGAAUUUCUGGCCCUGGAAAUAGCAGAAGAGAGGCUGAGAUUCUCCUACAAUCUUGGCAGUGGCACAUACAAGCUUACCACAGCUAAGAAGGUGUCUGAUGGACAAUUUCACACAGUUAUUGCCCGGAGGGCUGGAAUGGCAGCAUCCCUGACGGUGGAUUCCUGCUCUGAGGAUCAGGAGCCAGGCUACUGCACUGUUAGCAAUGUUGCUGUUUCUACUGACUGGACUCUUGAUGUACAACCAAAUCGAGUUACUGUUGGUGGCAUCAGGUCUGUAGAGCCCAUCCUUCAGAGGAGAGGACAGGUGGAAAGCCAUGAUUUUGUGGGCUGUAUAAUGGAGUUUGCAGUCAACGGACGUCCCCUGGAGCCCAGCCAGGCUUUGGCAGCUCAAGGAAUCUUAGAUCAGAACGUGGUCGUUACCGGGGCAGAUGAUGGCUAUAGCUGUAACGAGCCGCCCGCUCAGUGCUUCCUUGUCCUUGUCCCAGAUAUUACUGCCGACACUGCCUUAUCGCUAGAAGGCAAAGGACGACUUGACUACCACAUGAGCCCAAACAAGAAGCGAGAAUACCUGAUGAGACAUGGCACUCGAGGCACCGGCCCACGGCCCCCAAACACGGACCGCCUGGAAGUGAAGUUCAGGACAAGAAGCGAGAACGGCGUUUUAGUUCACGUCCAGGAAAGCAGCAACUUCACUACCGUGAAGAUAAAAGGUGGGAAAGUGCAUUACGUAUCCGAUGCUGGAAUUGCUGGGAAAGUGGAAAGAAACAUCCCAGAAGUGUACGCUGCGGAUGGUCAGUGGCAUUCGGUACUCCUUGAGAAGAACGGGUCUGCUACUGUCCUGUCGGUUGACAACGCUCAUAGCCGAGACAUUCACCACGUCACGCAAGACUUCAGUGGACUAAACGUUCUUACAAUUUCUUUGGGAGGAAUCCCAUCGAGCCAACCUUUCAAGAGCACACAGACAAAGGGCUUCGACGGCUGCAUUUCCUACAUCAAGUACGGCGGGGAGAGCCUUCCCUUCGCUGGCAAGCACAGCCUCGCCACUCUCUCCAAAACAGACCCCUCGGUGAAGAUCGGCUGGCGGGGCCCCCACAUCUUCUGCCUGUCCCUGCCCCUCUGGGCCGUGCCGGCUAUCGUGGGCAGCUGCGCGACGGUCCUGGCGCUCCUGGUCCUCAGCCUCAUCCUCUGCAACCAGUGCCGAGGAAAGAAAUCGAAAGCUCCAAAAGAGGAGAAGAAAACGAAGGAGAAGAAGAAAAAAGGGAGCGAGAACGUGGCGUUUGAUGACCCUGACAACAUCCCGCCCUAUGGUGAUGACAUGACAGUCAGGAAGCAGCCCGAAGGGAACCCAAAACCCGAUAUCAUUGAAAGAGAAAACCCGUAUCUCAUCUAUGAUGAAACCGACAUCCCGCACACCACGGAGACGAUCCCCAGCGCCCCGCUGGCUUCCCCCGAGCCCGAGAUCGAGCACUACGACAUCGACAACGCCAGCAGCAUCGCCCCCUCGGACGCUGACAUCAUCCAGCACUACAAGCAGUUUCGGAGCCACACGCCCAAGUUCUCCAUCCAGAGGCAUAGCCCGCUGGGCUUCGCACGGCAGUCCCCCAUGCCCCUGGGAGCCAGCAGCCUGACCUACCAGCCUGCCUACGGGCAGGGCUUGAGGACAACAUCUUUAAGCCACUCGGCGUGCCCUACUCCCAACCCCCUGUCUCGGCACAGUCCUGCACCCUUCUCCAAAUCAUCGACUUUCUACAGGCACAGUCCGGCGAGGGAGCUGCACCUUGCCAUAAGGGAAGGGAGCCCACUGGAGAUGCACAAUGAUGUCUGCCAACCCGGUAUUUUUAACUACGCCACUCGACUAGGGAGGAGAAGUAAGAGUCCACAGACCAUGGCGAGCCACGGUUCCCGACCGGGAAGCCGCCUGAAGCAGCCCAUCGGGCAGAUCCCUCUGGAGACCGCUCCUCCGGUGGGGCUGUCCAUCGAAGAGGUGGAGAGACUGAACACCCCUCGCCCCAGAAACCCCAGCAUCUGCAGCGCAGACCAUGGCCGGUCCUCUUCUGAGGAGGACUGCAGAAGGCCGCUGUCCCGGACGAGGAACCCGGCCGAUGGUAUUCCCGCGCCCGAGUCCUCCUCUGACAGCGAUUCCCACGAGUCCUUCACCUGCUCAGAGAUGGAGUAUGACAGGGAUAAGCCCAUAGCGUACACCUCCAGGAUGCCCAAGUUAUCCCAGGUCAAUGAGUCCGAUGCGGAUGACGAGGACAACUACGGGGCCAGGCUGAAGCCCCGGCGGUACCCUGGCCGCCGAGGUGAGGGGGGGCCGGUGGGGGCUCAGGCAACCGCCGCCAGCGCCGGGGAGAGCUCCCUGCCUGUGAAGCUGGGGCAGCAAGCAGGAAGCUUCAACUGGGACAACCUCUUGAACUGGGGCCCGGGCUUUGGGCAUUAUGUGGAUGUUUUCAAAGAUUUGGCAUCACUUCCAGAGAAAGCAGCAGCAGCAGCGAAUGAAGACAGCAAAGGUGGUACAACGAAGCCUGUUCCCAAGGAGGGAGAAGCAGAACAGUAUGUGUAG